UUUCUUGACUGCUCGGGAAUACUCGCCAAAUCGGCUUGUUGUCGGCCGUGCAAUCGCCUGAGUCGGAAUGGGUGCACCUGAGACCUUGCUCGUCGGCUUUGCAAUCGACGUGACCGAGCGACUCGCCACAAUAUCACAGGGCUUACGAGGAAGCGGAGAGGACCAAUUUUGUCCAUCAUUUUCUGCGGCUCUUUGGUUAAUCAAUCAGCAACUCCAAGGCCAAGAAAUACCGACUUCAGGGCUUGAUACUCGCUUACUCAAAUUACUGAGUAAUCUCGAAAGAAUCUGCAAACCACAAUCUAGUCUUUCCUAUAAACGCCAGCCAGGUCCGUUAAGACCUGGAAAGGAGGGUCUCGACCUUGCACAAAGGUAUCCCGGCCUAGAUCUGCUCCGCCAUAACAAUCGAAAGAGUGCCGUGGACGGUAUUCGAAAGUUGUCUUCAGGCCAAAGGCCCGAGUCAACAAAGAGGAAGCAUGAUCUGCUGAAAAUCCUUGAAGCCUUCGGUGGUGCGCUGGUGGCUGAAGACCAAGUCCCUGAUCCCAAAACGAAGAAAGACAUCUGGACUGGCGAUGAUUUCACGGGCUCAAUCCGAACUCUCCACCAGGUUCUGUCCGAAUACAUGUUCUGUGACGCAGGAAGUCAGAAGAAAGAAAUAGCAGGGAGGCUUCGAUUGGCAGUGGAGAGUGACCAAGAAUCCGACUCGCCGAUGUUUGACAUGAUGUUCCUCGCGCAUCCGCACAACGAACUACGCGAGGAAUCUUUCCGGUGGCGAGAAACCCGAAUCCGAGUCAAUAAAAGGAAACCCAAGUUUAAGGGCGAAGAAAAAAAAGACGUGCAACUGUUGAUCGGUGGCGAAAUACACACCACAGACUUUUGCGAGAGAAUCAGUGCAAGAGAGCAAUACCAACUAUCUCUUGUGGUCUCAGACAAACAGCUAGAAUUUGUCGAAUGGUGUGAAGGGGCCAAGUCGUGGGUGCCAAACUCCCCCUCGGUGUCCCUGAACACCAUUUUGAGGAACCACAAGCUGUCUCGAAAAAUGAAGUAUUUGCUGUCUUACCUUCUGGCCAAGUCAGUGUGGCAAUUCUACUCCACUGACUGGAUGGGCACAGAAUGGUCAAAGGACAGCAUACACUUCAUGUUUGAGCACCGCAAGAGUGCUAGCAACGCGGGCAUAUAUCUGAACGAGCCUUUCAUUUUAGCACGGUUCAACCCGGAUGCUAAAAUUGAUGACGCAGUGUUUCGGCCUCACAAAUUCCCCAAGAUAAAAGCCCUCGGCAUCCUCUUGUUGGAAAUUGAACUUGGAACAGUCAUUGAGGAUCACUUCGGACCAGACUGCUUUGCACCUGAUGGACAACCCAACGCCGACGCGGAUCUUUAUGUAACCCUCAAGCUCUAUGAUGACCCUGACAUAUUGGAGGAUUCAUUUCCACUACUGAAGACUGUAAUUGGCGAGUGCCUACGGCCUUCAAAAUUCAUGCAACAUCGGCACAGUGUUGAGGAGCUUCGGAAAGUUUUCCAAGAUCAUGUAGUUGACCCUCUUCAUACGAUUGUAGGUCUUUACGGCCAGCCAGAUAAGAUUAAGCUUCGCCCGACUGUUCAAAUGCCACCCACACAGUCCCUACAGGUUACUUAUCAGCAUCAAAAGGUGCCAUCUCGCGACACAAAAAUUGAUGAAGUUCGCCAAGUAAUAGAGACUGCCACUUUCAAGGGCUCCGUGGCAAGCUGCAUCGGGCAGGCCUCGUCGGAAGAUUGGUUCGAUGAAUUAGACAACCUAAACGCCAUCCUCUCGUCCAUGCCUGAUGAGGUUGAUCAAACCUACAAGCGAGUUCGCGUCGUAGUCAUAGACACGGGCAUUGAUGGGACGGAUCCCUACGCCAAGCACGUACGAGACUACAAAGACUUUGUCUCCAAAAAUGAUGGCGUUAAGCAAGACAAGACUGGACAUGGUACAAAUUCCGUAAAACUUAUCUUCAAGGUCUACGCUCAAGCCGAAGUCUAUGUGGCCCGGGUGUUUGAGAGUAAUCACGCGAAUGAUGAUACCCAGGACUUGAUGUUGGAGGCAAUACAACAUGCAAAGGAUGUUUGGAAGGCCGAUAUCAUCACGAUUGCAUCGGGAUUCGAGAAAGACCACGCCAAUAUGCGGAAAGCCAUUAAGAGAGUCGCGAGCGAUGGGACUUUGGUCUUCGCGGCGGCAUCGAACUACGGCAAUAUCAGGCAAGUCACUUUCCCAGCGCGAAUGCAGGACGUAGUAUGCAUGUACUGCACAGAUGGCCGCGCCAAAGUGUCGCCGUCCAUCAACCCUGCGCCUCAAACCAGCAAAUCCAAGAACUUUGCCAUCCUAGGCGAAGGGGUGAUGGUUCCGCCUUCAAUAGGCCAACAAUUGACUGGAACAUCUGUGGCUACAAGUAUUGCCGCUGGCCUUGCUGGACGACUCCUUGAUUUCUCACGCCAGAUCGAUGGCCAACAAUGCAUAAGAUGUGUUGGAAAUUUGGCGAGCGUCGAGGGCAUAUCUGCGGUUUUCAGUCAUAUGGCCAAAGGAGCACAAGACUACAAGUACAAUUGCGUGGUGCCUGGACGGCUCUUGCAGCACUUGGACGACGACUUGGAAAGGAAAGUCAAGAGAAAAAGAAUAUGUGAGACGCUUUCUGGCGCCUUGGAAAACAUCGACUUGGAUGGUUGAUGGUUCUGCUUGCAGUAGUGCAGCGGCGGGGAAAAGAGAGAGUUCGCAAAACGCCGGGAUGUAGAUGUUAGAUUGGAAGGUUGGAACACCAGGGCUCCAUGAUGUCACGUGAGGCAGGGAGCUCAGGCUAGACCGUAUUCAGAAGGAAGGAAAACCUAGACCCGCCGGCCCCUGAAGGGGCGGGCGGAUUUGAACAGAUACACAAUACACACACAAGUUCAAG